CUUGUCCAAAGUCUUUAACAUUUUCUGGACGUGUUCACAGAUUUUAUUUAGAUAAUUAAUAGCAGAUGUCUCUACUGCGACAGAACCAUGGAUGUAGGACCGCACAGUAUAAUAACGAGUGCACUAGCCUACAUGAUCACAAAUAAAGCGGGAUAUGGCCUAGUCUUUUUCUGCUUGAGUAGACCCAUAGACAGUAUAUAGAGUAGACCUCUUUGAAGACACGCUCAGCCAGUGUUCUCUCGAUUUGGGCUCCCUAUCGAGAUGUGGUGAGUAAGGAUCAUAGACUAUACACAGUCUAUGGUAAGGAUAUACGUCCUGCACAUGCGUGGUAGCAUUAUUUAGGAGAGUUGGUCUAUCGAAAUGAUCGAAAUACGCUACCACCGAAAAAUAUAUUAUGAUAGAGUAGGCUAUUUUACAGUACACUUACCGCUGUUUGUAAUUAAAAAGUAAGAUGCCAUAUUACGGAAAUAGGGUUACACAAAAACCCUAAGGUAGCAUUUUUCGACAAGGCAGCAUAAAUCGUCAGAACACCGGUAUGAGACACACAGUAACACAUAAGUGACAUGCCCUGCAUGACCGACCGUCAGUGAUUUAUAAAGGCGGAGACCGUUUUUAUUAGAACAGAGCAGUUUAAACCGGCAGGCAGGAUAAAGUGCAUCGGUAAAGAGGCUUCACUUCCCAAACAUGAAGUUCCUUAACAAAGACGAACUGCAGAUCGCUGAAGGAGUUCUGCUAAAACACUUACCCAAGAGUUCUAAGGUAUAUGGUUUCCUAUAUGCUAUUAACAGGAACAAACCAAGCACACUGGAGGUCAUCGUUGAUACAUGGCCUGAUUUUAAAGUCAUCAUUUGCCGACCUGACCCCAAUAACAAGCGCGCCCUGGAGUUCAUGAAAAAGGUGACAUACUACAGCAUGGAUGAGCUGAGUUUAAGGAAAAUGCUGACAGAAGAGAAUGCAAUUGACUGGAGCACCUACUUUCUUAUUGGAGGAUUUGACAUUUCCCAUACCUCCAUGCUCAAAGAAGUGGCUUCUGACAGAGAAGUCAACAACAGAUGCUAUACUGCGGUGCAUCUUCUGUAUCUGCCAGACAGCAGCCAUCUGCUCACACCAGCAGCUGGCAGUGAGUUUGAAUCAAGGAUUUCAUCGCUUAACCUUUCCCAUGUUGACUUGGUGAAUAAAACCUGGAAGUUUGGAGGGAACGAGCAGGCUUACAGAAACAUUCAAAACCUCAUCAGCAACUUCCCGUCAUGCUGCAUCACUGACGGCCAGGGCCAGCCGGUGUCCUGGAUUCUUGUGUAUGAUUACUGUGCUUUGGGCUUAUUGUACACUCUGCCAGAGCAUAGAGGGAGAGGCUACGCCAAAGUCCUGGUCAGCACCAUGGCCAAGAGACUCCACGCUGAGAGCUACCCGGUGUACUGCUUCGUAGAGGAGGAGAACACAGCCUCCUACAUGCUCUUUAAAAAACUGGGCUUCAUUGAGGAUCCCUCAUACAGGGCGGCAUGGUUUGAGUUCAACUUUUGAUUUUGUAACCAUUACUCAACAAGCGUUUGUAUAAAAAUAACUUUCAAUGUUUCCUUUGAGAAUGUGAUUAAAAUGUAAAGUUUA